AUGGAGAACAUGUCGGGCAGGGAAGGACGCCCUCCAGCUGGAUGGUCGGGUGACAUCAAAAAGGAUACCAGAAGUAGUCAUCUGCGACUAGAUGGAGGAUUCUGUUUUGAAAUCCCACCCUGGCAACACCAGCCGGUCGAAGUGGAGAAACAUCUUGCAAAGAUACGAAAUGUAUGGGGAAAUAGUUCCAUAGAAAGACGGCAGACGAAUCUGUCAUUUCCAUUGGAUAAUCAAGAAAUCAACCGUUACAUGGAUACGGUGAUAGCACCUUUUCUAGACACAUAUCACAGGAACAUCCAGAACUCCUACCAGCAGCUGACGGAUAAAAUCCUCAAGAGGAUCAAAGACGUAAUCAACGUCGCUUUGCGGAAGAAGCAAAAAAUUUAUACGGAACUCACGCAGUUGGCGGAUUCCUUGAAACUUCCACCUAUGUGUGAUGAGGAGCGUCGAGCACUACGUACGCUGGCAAGCAAGCACGUGUCCCUCAUAUACAAGUGCACGGAGCAAGCGCGCACGUCCAUAGUCGAGAUGGGCAAGUACGCUGAAGGAAUGAUCACCAUUACCCGCAACCAUAUGCAGUUUGCGUUGACAGAAGGAUUAAAAUAGACUGAUAAUUUUGAAAAUCCUCUAAAAAACUCUAAUUCCAGGUUAAAUGUAACCGCAUGUCUGAAAGAGUUGUCCAAAGCAGCAGUAGCUCUAGGAUACGAGUUAGAUCUCAGUCUCACUAAUGGAAGACGCCAUAACGACCAGUCUUGUGAGAAACUGAUCAACUGUUGUGCCAAGGCCAGGAAGAAUACAGACUUCGCUGUUAGUACUCUACGUGAAAAGUUGUAUCAGUGUGUAUAUGCCUAA